AUGAAGAUCGCCAUCUUCUCCGUGGUUGCGCUCGCCGCACUUGUCUCUGGCCUCCUGCCCCAAAAGUCUGUCAUAAUUACAUACCCGGAUGCGACUCCAAAUGACAUAAUAGACUCUGCAAAGAGUACCAUCAAGGACGCUGGAGGAACCAUCACCCACGAAUACAAGCUAAUCAAGGGUUUUGCUGCAAAGGUGCCUGCGUCAGCCCUCGAAACUUUUACAACCUCGUCAAAGGAAUAUCAUGCAGUUAUUGAAGAAGACCAGAUGGUCUCCAUUAACGGAUGA